AUGACAAAUCUGGUUCGAUGGCUCUUCUCCACUACCCGCUUUACUACUUUCUAUUUUUUCUUAUGUAUUAAGUUUCCCUUAAUAUAUAAUUUUAUAUUACUUUCGAUUUGUAUAUUUUUAUUCCUUUGUCGUUUUAUAUUAUGCCUAAUACCAAUUUGCAAUCUUUUUAGUUCGUGCUUCGUCGGCUCCUCCUUUCUGAUCACUCUCCCGCCGGAGAUUCAAGACCCCCAGGCUCUAGCUCAUUUAGCAGGGCUAAACUUCUAUCUGAGUCUUUACGAGCAGGAUCCGGGAUGGGUUACGUUCAUUCAGAACGAGCUUAAUCACAAUACCCCCCUGGAAGACAUACCUGGGCGGCUUAAGCUCUUCCUAAUGGAAGAAAAGCUCUCUUCUAUGCGACAAGAUGUCAUUCAGGAAUUUGUGGCGCUUUAUCAAAGAGUAGGGCCUUAUCUACCGAUCGAGCCCUACUUGGUCGAUGAAGCGCUUCGUUCCUAUCUGGACCAUAUUCACGCAACUGAUUCUUUCACUGUUCUCCAAGCGUCUUAUCAAGAUCUGCGGGAGAAUGAGGGAGGAUCCGUUUUCUUUCGAAAUGCUGUUUCCCACAACCGGGAUCUCCUUGAGGCGGAAAGCUCCGCAAGGAGGUGCCUGGAAGUGGAACAGAGGAUCCGGUGGGAAGAAAUCCCCAAGAGCAAGGCAAGUCUCGAAAGAGCUGAGCACGAGCAUGCUCUCGACUUGUUUAAGUCGGAGGAUCUUAGAAGGGAAUUAGAAAAAAAAAGAGCGGGGUAG